CGCAAGAUAGAAAAAAAACAAUUUUUUUUAUAUGAACAAAGUUCAUGAAAUAAUUAUAACUUGGCCUUGGGCAUUUUUGCGGCAGUUGGAAACAUAAUAAUUUUUUUAAUCUGGCAUCACGCAUCACAACUGUCAUUCGUCGUUCUUCGUGCGAUUUUUUUCAGAGAAUUUUCAAUAUUUGCUUUUUUUUUUACAAUUAACAACUGAAAAUGGCUUUAGAAAGAGCAAGCAGUUUAUGGAUUGGUGGGUUAGAACCUUACAUGACAGAGGAAUUUCUUAUGCGAUCUUUUGAAUUAAUGGGAGAAAAACCUGAAGCCAUCAAAGUUAUGAGAAAUAAGCACACUGGAUUACCUGCUGGUUUUGGAUUUUGUCAGUUUCGAGAUGAAAAGCAAGCAAUGGAAGUUCUACACAAAUUGAAUGGCAAAAUCAUUCCAUACAGUCAGCCGCCAAGCCGUUUCAAGUUAAAUCACAGCACAAACACUAAAGGUUCUACAGCCGAUCAUGCACUGUGGGUGGGAGAUUUGAGUGCUGAUGUAGAUGACUAUGGCCUUUACAAAUGUUUUUCUGCCAAAUAUAACUCAGUUCAAUUGGCCAAGGUGGUCAGAGGCAGCAAUGGAGAAAGUCGCGGCUAUGCGUUUGUUAAUUUUUCUAAUGAAAGUGAUUACAAAGAUGCGCUGACACAUAUGCAAGGUCACAGAGGACUCGGCAGCAACCCACUUAGAGUUUCAUUGGCUAUUCCUCGUAAUUACAACAUGAUACCUGGAUCCUCAUCCAGUACAUCUUCUACUUCUACGUUAACUGCAUCGAUUGCUUCGUCGAUUGUCCAGGCCGCAGCCAGCGGCCAGCCAGUUCAACCUCAAGCUGCUGCUGCAGCAGCUGGCUACGGACAGUACGUCGAUCCAGCCUAUUGGCAACAGUACGGUGGCUGGCAAGGAUAUGGUUACCAAGGCGGAUACGGCUAUGAUGGUCAACAAGCUUAUGCCGGAUAUGGCGUUGCUGGGCAAAUGCCUGCUCAACCUGAAGAAGAUGAGUUUGAGCUCAUAGAACACAAUACACCCGUCGAUAUUGAGAAACUGAACAGAGAACUUUUUGAGCGCAAUCAGGAUUUGUGGGAUGCACUGGAUGAAGCUCGCUGGACAACAUUCAAUCCAGAGAAAGCCGUUCCGGCAGUUAAAGCUGAGGAAAACGGAAGCAGUACUCCUACAGUAGUGGCCGCCUAAUUUCUUUUUAUAAAACACUAACGACCAUCUCAUACGAUAAAAAAACAAAGAUUCAUUUCUGCUUGUCAUCUGAUUUUGUUUUACAGAAUGAAUACAUUGAUUUCAAAUAAA